GCCCUCCGCGGACGGCGAGGAACCGCUCUCUCCAUCAUCAUCAUCAUCAUCAUCAUCAUCAUCGGCUGAAAAGUGCGAGCGGGGAGGGGUAAACACGAUGCCAGCCCGGGCCGCUCUCCGUCCGCCGCCGACAUGAACUCGGCGGCGGCCGCCUCCUCCGCCCGCAGCCGCAACAAGUCGCUCUCGCCAUGCGGAUCCACUGCAAAGUAGUUGCGAUCGCCGUGUGUUUCGGACUUUUCCUACUUCUCUACUUCUUCGGGGGCCACGGCGGCGCGGACGGUCCGCCGCCGCUGAGGCAAGUUGGAGGGGAUCGGGAUCGGGAGCCGGAGGAGGACGGCGGAUCCCCCCAUGCGCUCUCCGACUAUCCGGGAAGCGAUGCCGUGGCGAAGUUGGCCAGGAAACCCUCCGCCGGGCUCGGCGAGCGUGCGGGACGCAGAGAGGGCAAGGCGGUGGGAAGAGGGGCCGGCGUGAAGGCGAGGAGUAAAUUUCCAGGUAACGUGAUUCGACCUGUGACCAGGCGCAGGCGGGCUGAGGAGGUCAUGCACUUGGCGGUGGUGGCUUGUGGGACCCGUCUGGAGGAGACCCUCACUAUGCUCAAGUCGGCACUGUUGUUCAGUUUGAAGAAGAUCAAGUUUCACAUUUUUGCUGACGACCCCUUGGCCUCUCAGUUUGAAGAAAGGCUUAACCAGUGGCCUCACUCCGUCUCAGCCAGGUUCCAGCACAGCAUCUACCCCAUCUCCUUCUCUGUGGGCGACGCACAGGAGUGGAAGAAGCUGUUCAAGCCCUGUGCUGCUCAGAGACUCUUCCUCCCUGUAAUCCUGAAGGACGUGGACUCCUUGCUCUACGUGGACACCGACGUUCUGUUCCUGCGGCCCGUGGACGACAUCUGGAUGCUGCUGAAGUCCUUCAAUGACACCCAGCUGGCAGCCAUGGCUCCUGAGCACGAGGUGCCCAAGAUCGGCUGGUACAGCCGCUUCGCCCGGCACCCCUUCUACGGGGUCACGGGGGUCAACUCGGGCGUGAUGCUGAUGAACCUGACGAGGAUCCGCAGGACGGUGUUUAAGAGUAGCCUGAUUCCCGGUGGCCUGUCGUGGGAGGAUCUUCUCCAUCCACUUUACCAGAAGUACAAGAACCACAUCACCUGGGGAGACCAGGACCUCCUCAAUAUUAUCUUCCACUACAACCCAGAGAGUCUCUUUAUCUUUCCCUGCCAGUGGAACUACAGGCCUGACCACUGCAUGUAUGGGAGCAACUGUAAAGAAGCUGAAGAGGACGGGGUGUCCAUCCUCCACGGCAACCGGGGCGUUUACCACGACGACAAGCAGCCUGCCUUCAAAGUAGUCUAUGAUGCGAUACGGGACUUCCCCUUCGAGGACAACAUGUUCCAGUCGCUCUUCUAUCCCAUCCAGAACAAGUUCCUGGACACGGUCAACACUCUGUGCGGACGGAUUCCCCAGGUCUUCCUCAAGCAGAUAGAGAAGGCCAUGAGGAAGGUGUUUGAGGAGAAGGUGGUGCGCCACGGCAAGGUGCACAAAUGACCGAGGAGGAGAACCGGACUCCCCUGUGGAUUCUGAGCGGCGCCGGGAUAUUUUGGAUCAAACCGGAGGCUUUGGGUUGGUAGUGCUGGACACAUUAGACCUCCUGGAAUUGAGUUUCUUUACAAGACGAUGGAUGAUUUGGGGGGACGAACUGACAGUGCCUUGCAAAAGUAUUUGCAUCCCUUAAACUUUUUUCUUACAUUUUGCCACGUCACAGCCCCAAGCUUUUAGUGUGUUUCAUCGGGAUAGACCGGCACCAAGUAGCACACGAUUGUAAAGUGGCAACAAAAUUAUUAGUCGCAGUGAAGAGCGUCCCGGUAACAGCGGUUUUCAGGUCUCUCUACAGAUUUUCAAUUGGAUUUGGAUGUGAACUUUGACUGGGCCAUUUUAACACCUGCGUAUGCUUUGAUUUAAACCAUUCCACUGUAGCCCUGGAUGUAAAACCUUUGGUGUUUGCAGCUACAAACAUAUUUAAUGAAACAGUUUGUUGAAAUCUUUCUGAACAGCAAGAGCAAGUAUUUUUAUAUAGAAUGUUUUAUCAAUAAGUCCGCUAUAAUUCCUCUAGUUUUUACAAAAGAAUUACUUCCCCCAUCUUUCUGGUGCCAUAAAAUGUAGUUAUUGUUAACAGAUAGGUAAAACUCCACUUAGACUGACUUCCCCCCCUGUCAUUCAAUUCAAAUAUUGAAAUAUUAGACAUAUUGUUGGCCUCUGGAGAGACGCUACACUGCACCCCAGAACACCGGAUAAAAACCAAUUCAAAAGUUAUUACCUCAGUACAUUUAUGUACGCGUAAACAGUGUAACAACAGAAUGUGAAACUGUUCAAGGAGUGUGACUAUUUAUACAAGGCAUUGUGUGUGUAUACAAAGAAAAUGGAGCGCUAAUUAAUGAUGCAACCGAAUACUUUUGCCUUUUUUCAUCGUACAACUCUACGAUUGAGAGAACGUGUGAAAGAAGAACAAGAAUGUAUGAAUUAUUUUGUUCCGGGUAGAAAUGAUGAUGGUAGAGCACCCUAUCACUAGUGUCGAGGAAUGUUUUUAGGUAUCUCUUUGUUAAUUUUUGCGUUAUAAAAAUUUUAUACUAAAGCAUUAGUUCCAGACAUCUGAGUGUUUUUUGCAGCAAUUUUAAACACCAGCCUGUGGGAAUGAGAAUAAUCCAAAGUUUAUGGAUCUGUUCCGCUGGUGCCAGAUGCCACUAUCAGUAUUAAGCAGCGUACAGCAAAUUAAAUAUUCAUUUUUCAUGUCGAUUACAGAUUGUGAAGAUGCACUUUGUGAUAUUAGGACUGGGUGUGUUGUCUGAUUUUAUUUUUGUGUUUAAGUGAAUGUCUAUACUUUAAGCAACUUUGCUCGACUAAGUCAAACCAAAUGUGCAAGUUUUUUUUUUUUUCAAUGGGAACUUAGUGUGGUUCAUAAUGUGCCAUAUAAAUGUUAUUGUGUGCCAUGUUUACUAUCAGAGAAUUGUGUGUGUGUGCGCGUGUGUGUGUGCGCGCAUGUGUAUGUAUCAUCUUGAGGGUCUGUUAUGUCCCUCAGCGUUGUUUUUUUAUGUGCUGUAAUGGUGUCAGCAUAUCUCAACUUUGAAACCUAAAAUGACAGGAUGGUCAACAUCUUUCUAAAUAAAACAUGUUUUGAAGUUA